AUGUAUGAUCGUUACCGCCUGUUAAGUUCUGGUGACCUUCAUAAUUUUUAUAUUGCUUUUUCUGGAGAUAAUAAUUACGAGGGACUGUGUAGUGUAAUGAACCAGCUGCAGCGUGAGCCCUUUGUAAUCAACAGUGAUUGGUUGAAAUUUCUACAAAAUAAUGAGAAGUUAUUUGUGGAUAAUGGUUAUCUCAUGCCAGAAUUUCUUGCCUCAAUGAAUCUCCUAGAGGUAUCAACCAUACUUAGAGGUUGUCACAUGCAGGAUGAGGUUAUUAAAAAAUUAUUUAGCUUUAGCGAUUUGUUAAAUACUUUAUGUAAAAACAUACAGCGUUCUCGUUAUGAGAGAUUGAUUAUCAAGCUGGCUAAUGCCUACGAUGGUUAUAAAUUUUAUUUGCCAGCUUUUCUCGACUUCCGAGGUCGAAUCUACCGCUGUGGGGUCUUGCAUUUCCACGAGCGUGAUCUAGCAAGAAGCAUGAUCCUCUUUGCGGAUCGCGAAUCUAGUAACAAUAUGAACGAGACUUUAACAAGAUUUUUGCAAUCAAUGGCCUUCCAUUACCAGUCUUUCGUCUCUGACGAUGAAGCAUACAAAUGGUCUCAUAAAUACCUAUUGAAUUUAUCGUCUAAAAAUCAAAUAAUCGAGGAUGCUCGGGAUGCAAGACGCCCCUUUCAGUUCCUCGCCUAUAUAAUAGGAUAUAAUUUUGCUGUCCAAAACAACCUGAGCAUACUGGCUACCUUCCCUAUUACGCAAGACGCCUCAGCUAGUGCAUAUCAGAUCAUGAGUUACUUUAUGUUGGAUAAUACCAUGGCUAAGAGAACUAAUCUCAUCCCAUCAGUUGAUGAUAAAAUCCAAGAUGUUUAUACAUUCUUCCUCGAAGAGCUCAAGGAGUUCAUGAUAGCAGAACUUGAGAAUAAGAAUCUAUCAACGAUUGUUUGCGAGCUCCUCACUCGUAAGCUAGUCAAAGGUAUCUUUAUGCCACUUAUAUAUGGGAAAACAUUAAUGAGCACAGCCAGCGAUCUAAAAGACAAUCUCUCUCACUACAUCACUCAUAAGGAAUGCUUCGAAGUUGCCUCUGUCUGCUUUAAGUUCUGGAGGAUGAAAUAUAAGGAGAAGCAUGGAUUGAAUAUCAGGGAAGAUCACUCACCUGAAAAAGCCUUCCCUCUACCCCCGAGAGAUUCGAAUAGUAUUGAAUGGGGGAAGAAAGAAGCUAAUAGUCCUGGGUUCCUUGCCUAUCCUACAGAAGAUUAA